CACGUUAAUGACUUUCAAGUUCUAGCUGGCGUCGACCUCCCCGUUCACCGUUGCCCUUCGCCACAGAACUGUCUUUGAAGUCCCGCUGGGAGCAAGAAAGGGGGGCAAGGGCGGCAUUUCCGCCGCAGCCGGGCGCCCGCAGCAGUCGCGCCCUCCAGCAGGGACGCAGGCGCUCGGCGGCCACAAGCGGCCACCGGGAAGCGAAACCCGGAGAGUUUCGCGGUGCCGAGGUCGUUCGGAGGUUCCCGGUCCUCGCCUCGAGGCCGCAUCCGCACCGCGGCAGCCACAGAGCUCUUUAAAUCAUGGAAAAACAAAAUGGACAAAUGAAUGCUCCUCAUCCAGGAACAAAUUUACCGCCUGGACAUCUCCCUGUAUAUCCUUCAGCAGCAUUCCAAGGACCUCCAGAACAUACUGACUACCCUGGCCCCCAGGUUGGCUAUCCUGGCCCUCAGGCUGGCUAUCUUGGCCCUCAGGCUGGCUACCCUGGCCCUCAGGCUGGCUAUCCUGGCCCUCAGGCUGGCUACUCAAUUCCACCAGCUGGUUAUUCAGGUGCUGGCCCAGUAGGCUUUCCUGUCCAACACCAGCCAGGGUAUAAUCUGCCAGGUGGACCUGCAGGGGUACCAUGCAUGCCAGCACCACCACCUCCAUUAGACUGUCCACCUGGAUUGGAAUAUUUAAGUCAGAUAGAUCAGAUACUGAUUCAUCAGCAAAUUGAGCUUCUGGAAGUCUUAACAGGUUUUGAAACUAAUAACAGAUAUGAAAUUAAGAACAGCUUUGGACAGAGGAUUUACUUUGCAGCAGAGGAUACGGAUUUCUGUACCCGAAAUUGCUGUGGGGCUUCUAGGCCUUUUACCAUGAGGAUUCUUGAUAAUAUGGGCCAAGAAGUUAUAACUCUGGAGAGACCACUAAAGUGUGACAGCUGUUGUUUCCCUUGCUGCCUUCAGGAGAUAGCAAUCUAUGCUCCUCCUGGUGUACCUAUAGGUUAUGUUAUUCAGAUCUGGCAUCCAUGCAUGCCAAGGUUUACAAUUCAAAAUGAGAGGAGAGAGGAUGUACUAAAAAUUAUUGCUCCAUGUCUUCUAUGCAGCUGUUGUGCAGAUGUUGAUUUUGAGAUUAAAUCUCUUGAUGAAGAAAAUGUGGUUGGAAAGAUUUCCAAGCAGUGGACUGGUUUCAUGAGAGAAGCAUUUACAGAUGCUGAUAACUUUGGCAUCCAGUUCCCUUUAGACCUUGAUGUGAAAAUGAAAGCUGUGAUGCUCGGUGCAUGUUUCCUCAUUGACUUCAUGUUUUUUGAAAAGGGUGGAGACGGAAAAUAAAAGGAGUGUGGUAGUGGAUUAAUGAAAGUCUCCUCAGAAAGUUUGAAGUCUGUGUAUUGAUUAGGACUAUGUAAAAGAAAAGCUCACUGUUUUUUUUUUCUUUAUUGAAAUGACUUAUAGCAUAUGUGAAUUAUAUGUGAAAAUGACUUUUCAAAUUAUGAGUUUAUUUUCUAUAUCACUUACUUAAAAAACGUUUUUAUGCAUUUCUUUUAUGUCAUACAUCUUCUUUUUCUUUAUGUAUUUUGGAGAAAGGACAUGGGAAUUUUUACAUUCAAUCAUGAAACUUCCCAUGGUAAAUUGUUUUGAACUGUAAUCUCUUUUAUUUUCAAUUUUUAGAGAAAAUUAUUUAAAGCCUUAUCAAAGUAAUUUUAAUAUAAAAAGUUACAUUUUAUUAAAUAUAGUUCCAAUUUACUUCACAUGUGUAACAACUGUUACUUUGCAAAUACCAUAUAUUCACAUAAGUUAAAAAUCAAUAUAAUUUCAGUUUCCUUUACAAUGUCAAAAUAAUACUUAAUAUUCAUAUUA